GGCUUUUGUUUCAUUAUGCCUGAAUCAGACUGCUGAGGGAUUGGGUCGCCAGAAUUGCACGUGGGUUUAGGCUGGAUAAUGGCGGGCGCUGGGGAGGAUACGCUAGGGCUCUUUAGAGCUGGGGUUCGCGUGGCGCUGGAGGCCUGGCCCGCUUUGCAGAUCGCUGUGGAGAAUGGUUUCGGAGGCGUACACAGCCGGGAGAAAGCCGAGUGGCUGGGGAGUGCAGUGGAGGAUUACUUCAUCCGCAAUGCUGACUUGGAUCUAGAUGAGAUAGAAGACUUCCUUGGGGAGCUGAUGACCACUGAGUUUGAUACCGUUGUGGAUGAUGGGAGUCUGCCCCAGGUGAGCCAGCAGCUACAAACCAUGUUUCACCACUUCCAGAGGGAUGAUGGGGCUGCUCUGAAGGAGAUGGCCUCCCACAUCACCCAACGAAAGUGCAAAGUCACAGCCACUGCACUUAAGACAGCCAGAGAGACUGAUGAGGAUGAAGAUGAUGCAGACAGUGUGGAAGAGAUGGAGGUUACAGCUACGAAUGAUGUGGCUGCUGUGCAGCCUGAAACUUGUGAUCCAAACUCUCAGACUAUUAAGGAAGAGGAUAUAGUAGAAGAUGGCUGGACCAUUGUCCGGAGAAAGAAAUGAGUGGGGCCAGAAAUGGUUUGGUCUCUUGUUGACUGAUGUUCUAAGACUUAUUUUAGGAGCUUUUUUGGAGGACUGUAGAUGUCUGGACUGGUUAUCCUACACCCAUCUCCUGUCUUGUUCCUGUUUAGCUCCCUCCAGAGGAGAAAAAACCCUGCAGUCUUGGUUGUAGGGGUGUUCAGACCUGUCUACCACACCUUCUCAGGCCACUGGUUACCAUAGGUUUCCCAGUACAGUCCUGUUGGAUAUAGUCAGUGUAAGAAGGAGGGAUGAGUAAGUAUGAUGUGGCUGGAGGAGGAGCUAGAGUGCUAGGCAGUAGGUAGGGGCAUAUGUGGAGAAGCCCAGUAUUUGGGCACUAGGAGGCUGGCUGGUUCAGGAAUGGUGAGGCAGAAUGCAGACAUAAGAGAAUAUGUGAAGAUGUAAACAAAAGUAGCUGUUCCUACCCCACCACACAUAUGCAGCAAUUCCUUUCUCUGCCCAGAAUUGGAAGCUCCAAGGAAUGUUAAGAAUCAGCUAGGUGGUGAGGUCAAGAGAGUUGAGCUAUUUUUAUGUUUCCUCCAAACUCUUUCUUCUUUCUUUCUCCCAUCCCAUUUAAGUCCAGGGAUGAGGCUUAUCAUCUUAAUAAAUAAUACCUUCUUGUUUAA